ACCUCCUCCAAACGACUGAGUCUAUAAAUAAAGCAUCAUCUCGUUCGAGCUACGCACGCAAUUAGCGAAAGUACUUAGCAAAACGACAGGGCUCCUGAAAAAGAGGGAAAUUCUUCUUCCUCAGCCAGCAGCACCGCAGAGUAUAUUUAUAAUUGCUCAGUGCGUUUUGGGCAACACACGUAACCGAUGCAAGAAUUUGGGGAAAAUAUUCAGCAGGUUCACAAUGAGAAGUUAGGCAGGCAUCUAGUUGCUGCCAUAAACAUCGAACCGGGGGAUACGAUUUUGGAAGAGCGUCCGUUGCUGGUAGCUCCCCAUUGGGAAUGCCACCAGCUAAAAUGCGCACAAUGUCUUCAGGAAUCCUAUGUGAUGUGCCGAAGGUGUCAAGUGUUUCCUCUGUGCAUGGAUUGCAGCCAGCAUGAUGAAUUCGAUUGCGAAUUUUUCACCAGCGGAGCAGGCAAAGCCAUCUGUAAAGAUAUUCUAGUUAAGAACUAUGGUAUAUGUGGACUUCUAAAGUUGCUCCUUCUGCUGGAGAAUUCGGAUACUAGAGCCGAUUGUCAAAUGCUCAUCGAUAUGCCUAUCAAUUUGGAUGAGUACCGCGACGGAGAAGGAAUGUGGCAAGAGCAUGAGGAACAAGUGGUGCGUCCCAUAAUGCAGAGUGGUUUUUUAGAUGUUCUAUCCAAUCAGCAAUUAUCAUCUGAUGAACUCCACGCCCACUGCAUCCGUAUCGAUAGUAAUUCCUUCGAGGUGACCGCAAGGGAUGGUGAUACCUUGAAGGGGGUUUUUGUUUGCGGAGCUAGUUUACCUCACCACUGUGUCCCGAACACAGUUGUAGCCUUGGAUGAACAGUUUAACAUGAAACUUUAUGCAGCUGUUCCCCUGCAGCCUGGUGACAUCAUCUACAACUCAUACACGAAUCCUUUGAUGGGAACCAGUCAGAGACAACACCAACUACGUUUGAGUCGUAGAUUCGAGUGUACAUGUUCGCGAUGUCUAGAUCCUACUGAAAUGGGCACCCACAUGAGCAGCAUGAAGUGCAGAGAGUGUGAGGGAUAUUCAGUUUGUGAGAUAGAUUCAAAUGGAAGACUUGGAGAUUGGCGUUGCCCGAAUUGCAAUGCUCUCCUAACCGCUGCCGAAGUUCACGAACUGCAAGCUGAAGUGGGUUCAGCUUUGGUUGAGGCCAGGGGGGAUCUACAGGUCUACGAAGCUUUAUUAAACCAAUAUGGCCCACUUCUUCAUCCCAAUCACUUCAUGCUGCUUGAUAUUAAACAAAACAUUGCCAGCAUUCUGCGAGCGGCGGCAUUGAUGAACUCCAUGGAGCAGCCGUGCAAGAAGCUCCUAGCUCGUCGGGUGGAACUUUGCUCUGAUCUACUACCAGUCUGCCGUGCUGUGGUUCCCGGAAUCUCCAAGCUAUAUGCAAUUGGUCUGUUUGAGUAUCUGCUGGCGUUAGUGGAACUGGUGGAACUGCAGUUUGCCGAAAGUGAUCUUGACAAAAAGGAAUAUGUGGCUCAUUUGAGGACCGCCAGUAUGGUGGCUAAGGAAGCAAUUGAACUACUUCGCUUUGAGCCGGAAAAUUCCGCAGAAGGCUAUCUAUCGGAUCGGAUCUCCAUGGAACUGGAGCGGAUUGAAUCCGAUUUGAAGAAAUACGGCAGAUAGUAUCCCAAAGGGUCUUUUAAUUGAGUCUUGUAUGCGUUUCGGAACACGACUGCUGCGAUUUUAAAUUUAAAAUAAAUUAGAUUAGUCGGAA